GGUAUGCCAGCUGGAAGGAGUGAGCUGACAUCUGAGGACCCUAGGCGCAGAAACUUGUCGCCAUCACUCAACCUCUAGAAGCGUCUGGGAAAACUACAAAACUCCCGUGUUGCUUUUCGCUUAGGCGGAGGCAGGGGAGCCCCACUGGGCGCCAGCAAGGACCUAAACGCGGCGACCCAGGUCCUCCCCGCCUCCAUUUUCCAUCUUCCAUUCAUACGCCCAUCAGCGAAGUACUGAGGAGCAGAGCGAAGGGACACGCCACGGUACGGGAGCUGCGUCCUGCCCUCUCUCGGGAGAGGCUCCGGCGAGCCCUCCCCCGGCGCCCGCCUCCCGCGGCGGCGCCCACCGCCUCGGUGAAGUCCCGGCGCGCCGUCUGCGCAGUUCCUGCCGCCGGGCCGCGAACUAGGGCCCGCAACGCGGCCCAGCCUUCUCCGCCCUCCUCGCCGUGACGAAUCGGCGCCCGGCUGGGACCGGAUCCAAACUGAAAGACUUCUGAGGAAACCGAGGAGCCUGAAAAAAAAAUCCUUGGCGCACUAAGCCUGGCCGCGUGCUUCCUGGAAGGGCUGCUCGUCUGAAGAGAGCCGGCCGAGGCCUGCAGAAAAUUCCCGGAGCGUGUGGAAAGUGCGAGCGCGGAAGCUCCGGCGCGAGGGGCGGGGCGAGCGCGGGACAAAGGGAAGCGAAGCCGGAGCGGCGGGCGCCUUCUCGGCCCGCGGUGUCUCAGAUUCAUUCUUAAGGAACUGAGAACUUAAUCUUCCAAAAUGUCAAAAAGACCAUCUUAUGCCCCACCUCCCACCCCAGCUCCUGCAACACAAAUGCCCAGCACACCAGGGUUUGUGGGAUACAAUCCAUACAGUCAUCUCGCCUACAACAACUACAGGCUGGGAGGGAACCCGGGCACCAACAGCCGGGUCACGGCGUCUUCUGGCAUUACGAUUCCAAAGCCUCCAAAGCCACCAGAUAAGCCGCUGAUGCCCUACAUGAGGUACAGCAGAAAGGUCUGGGACCAAGUAAAGGCUUCCAACCCUGACCUGAAGUUGUGGGAGAUUGGCAAGAUUAUUGGUGGCAUGUGGCGAGAUCUCACUGAUGAAGAGAAGCAAGAAUAUUUAAACGAAUACGAAGCAGAAAAGAUAGAGUACAAUGAGUCUAUGAAGGCCUACCAUAAUUCCCCUGCAUACCUUGCCUAUAUUAACGCAAAAAGUCGUGCGGAAGCUGCAUUAGAGGAAGAAAGUCGACAGAGACAGUCUCGCAUGGAGAAAGGAGAACCUUACAUGAGCAUUCAGCCUGCUGAGGAUCCAGAUGAUUAUGAUGAUGGCUUUUCAAUGAAGCAUACAGCCACUGCCCGUUUCCAGAGAAACCACCGCCUCAUCAGUGAGAUCCUCAGUGAGAGUGUGGUACCUGAUGUGCGGUCAGUUGUCACAACAGCUAGAAUGCAGGUCCUCAAGCGACAGGUCCAAUCUUUAAUGGUUCAUCAGCGGAAACUAGAAGCCGAGCUCCUUCAGAUAGAGGAACGACACCAGGAAAAGAAGAGGAAGUUCCUGGAAAGCACAGACUCCUUCAACAAUGAACUUAAAAGGUUAUGUGGUCUGAAGGUGGAAGUAGACAUGGAGAAGAUUGCAGCAGAGAUCGCGCAGGCAGAGGAACAGGCCCGGAAAAGGCAGGAGGAGAGGGAGAAGGAGGCGGCAGAGCAGGCUGAGCGCAGUCAGAGCAGCAUCGCCCCUGAGGAAGAGCAAGUGGCGAACAAAGGCGAGGAGAAGAAGGAGGAGGAGAACAUCCCUAUGGAGACAGGUAACCGCCUCCUCGACCCCAGGAGGAAGCCGGCCAUCCUUCCUGGAUUGGAGACAGAGGAGACACACCUUGAAGACGCAGCAGAGAGCCAGCAGAAUGGUGACGAAAGCACGUCUACUCCCGAGGACAAGGAGAGUGGGCAGGAGGGGGUUGACAGCAUGGAGGUGGAAGGGACCAGUGACAGUAACACCGGCUCAGAGAGCAACAGCGCCACAGUGGAAGAGCCGCCCACAGACCCAGUGCCAGAAGAGGAGAAGAAGGAGUAAUUGUUGCCUUGUUUUAUGUGACCUAAAACUUUUUUAAAUGAAAAAAAAAAUGUGUUUUUUUGGUUUUAAUGGUGUUAUGUGGUCUGUGUAUUAAUUAUUUCCUUUUCCGUUGAUACCGUAAAGGUCUUUGAACUCUCAGCAUCAUAGCCUGUUGCCAGCCGCUCACUUUUCUUAGCUCUCAACUUCUGAAACCUCAGAACUGAGAUUAAUCAAAAAGACACCCAUCUCUUUUUGAGAACUACCUUGGAUGCUGCAGAGUCUACUCUUACAAAUGCCUUCCUUCAGCUCACUUGGGUGCUCAUCAAAGCCAUAGCUUUAAACCCUCCCAGCCCGUCUCCAGCUUCCCGAGUCUCCUGGCUUGUGUACUUACACAGAGUACCCUCUUGAAAACAUGUGGAUGUCUGUUCACUCACCCUUUUUAUUAAUGAUGUCAGACAUCAAGAGUUCUCUUACAGGGUAGGAUGUAUCCUGAAACUGGCAAGACACAGAUCAGAUGGUACAGAGAUGUCUGGCGGAGGCGGGGAGGGGAGCACUUACUGCUGUGGACUCCUCGUUAGAUGGCAGCUGCACCUGAACAUCUGUAGUGCUUCUUAGUGUAGUUGAUAUGGGAUGUGUUCUGGGAAAUUCAUCCUUAUUGUAUAGGGAAGAAGAAAUUCUUUUUUACCAGAUUGGUUUUCCAAAGACAUGAUAGACAGCAGUGCUUAAGGAAUGGAAUAUUCUUAUAAUGGACUACAGACUUCAAAGUGAUUGGCCCACUCCAAAAGGAAAGCAGAAAUUCCGUUCAUCCACUUCACAGUGAUGAAAACCUCCAGGCUCGAGAUCCCAUAGUGUGUGUGCUCCAUAAAAUCUAGAGUAGAUUUUUACUGAAUAGUGGUAUAUAUGAUGGUAUGUUUCUUAAAGGUCCAAACAUAAUAAAGAAAUUAAGACAAA